CACCACUCAAGUACUCGACUGUACAUACGAUAGACGGACAGACAGACAACCUACAGCCUCACACCGCAGACCCUCCACCUCCACCUCCCACUAGCACCGCCAAAACCACUCCCUUCACCUCCACCUCCCACCGCAUCGCUCCACCCACCAAAAGCUUCUCUCAACCACGGCCUCAAUUGCCAUUCACGGCCUUGGUGAAAGACUCCACGCGCAGACCUGUGUAGCAGCCUCGACCUCCCUCUUCCUCUUCCCGAAAAGUCCGCGCCCGCCCCACUGCCACCGCCUUCUUACCCACACCUUCCUGCUUACUACCCAUUCUACAACGCUCGCAAUCACCACCGAGAGCUAUUAAACCAUCUGAGAUUCGGUCCUUACCCGGUCCUGGUUCUUGCGCAACGAAGAUCUUCUGCUGCCAUCCGACAGACUCUUGAUUUCGUCAUUCCGUUUCUGGCCCACGUUUUUCCAACACCAACAUUUUGAGGCAAAGCUCGAGCUAUAAGACUCGAUACGCCCCGGCCUCAGAAUUGAAAAGAGAGGAUCCAUUCUUAGGAUCAGAAGUAAGACAUCACUCUCAGCUCACACUUCAAGACCUACUACUCGGUUUGGAAGUAAACAGAUAGCAAGCAAAUCAAACCUGAUAUCACUUUCCUCGAAGCCAUCAAAACAUAGAUAUGUCGGGCUAUCCUGGACAACAUUAUAAUGGAGGUUAUGGAGCGCCGCCGCCUCAGCAGCAGUACCCACCCCAGCCAAACUACUACCCGUAGGAAUCGAUGGCUCUUCUGUUUUGUAGUCUAAACUAACAUAAAGGUAGUCCUCAGCAAAAUUACGGGCCUCAAGGUCAAGGUGGCUACUACCAACAACCACCGCCGCAACAACCACAAUAUGGAUACAAUCAGCCCCCUCCACAGCAAUAUGGUGGCUAUAACGGAGCCCCGCCAGGCCAAUAUGCAGGUUAGUUAAAGGGUGGCGCAUAAUUUGCGGGAGAAACUGCUAACAUACCUCGAGGAAUGCCUUCGGCAAACUCAAACAGCUAUGUUAAUGGCAAUCACAAUGCUCCGCCACCUCCCCCCUCCGGCAUGCAAAACUUUGGCAGCGGCGCACCUCAGGGAUAUGCUUUCCAAUACUCGAAUUGUACGGGACGACGAAAGGCACUUUUGAUUGGUAUAAAUUAUUUUGGUCAAAGAGGACAGUUGCGAGGAUGUAUCAACGACGUCAAGAAUAUGUCCGCCUUCUUGAACGAAAACUUUGGCUAUAAUCGUGAUGAUAUGGUCUGUCUCACAGAUGACCAACAAAACCCCAUGAGCCAACCAACGAAGCAAAACAUUCUUAGAGCGAUGCAUUGGUUGGUGAGAGAGGCUCGUCCCAACGAUUCUCUAUUUUUCCAUUAUUCUGGUAGGUCAUAAAUAUACGACGCGAAAAUCCCGAUUGGCUGACAUUGAUUCUCAGGUCAUGGUGGUCAAACCAAAGAUCUUGAUGGGGACGAAGAAGAUGGCUAUGAUGAAGUCAUAUACCCAGUAGAUUUCAGACAAGUCGGGCAUAUUGUUGAUGAUGAGAUGCACCGAAUCAUGGUCACUCCAUUACAGCCAGGCGUCCGACUUACAGCGAUUUUUGAUUCCUGCCAUUCUGGAACCGCGUUGGAUCUUCCAUACAUCUACUCCACACAGGGUGUCCUCAAGGAGCCCAAUCUUGCAAAGGAAGCAGGACAAGGUCUCCUCGGUGUUAUUUCGUCUUAUAGUCAAGGCGAUCUUGGUGGUGUGGCCAGCAACUUGAUGGGCUUCUUCAAGAAAGCUACCACCGGUGACGAUGCAUAUAACAAGACCAUGGCUACUAAGACAUCUCCAGCCGAUGUUAUCAUGUGGUCAGGAAGUAAAGAUGACCAAACUUCGUUAGUAUACCCUUUCAUCAAUUAUUCCUCCUUUCCACGGUAUUUUGUAUAAAUUACAGGCGUGGUUUAGUGGUAUGCAUUGCAUUGGAUACGGCAAAAGUGUUUGUUUAGGAUUGCCCCGAGCAUAGCGUUGGUGUUGGGAUACCACUAGAGCCACUGGACUGGACUCUGGCUGGUUUUUGUAAAUUAUAUGUAGCUUACUCUUUUUUUUUAACUUUUUGCUCUAAUUCUAUACCACUGCCAUUCUACGGCUGUUAUAUAGAGUUAGAGCCGCGAGUCACGUUGGAACUAGCGGUCCAUGAUAUUGCAUUAUCACUAGUAUACAACCUCCAACACAUUUUGCUAACAUCACUCCGCAGGGCCGAUGCCACUAUUGCCGCCAAAGCUACAGGAGCUAUGUCUUGGGCAUUUAUUACCGCCAUGAAGAAGAACCCUCAACAGAGCUAUGUCCAGUUACUUAAUAGCAUUCGAGAUGAGCUUGCGACCAAGUACUCACAGAAGCCUCAGUUGAGCUCUAGUCAUCCUUUGGGUAAGUUCUUUCAACGUUCCUGUAGGCUCUGAUGUAUACUAACGAAUCUUUUUAGAUACUAAUAUUCUUUUCAUGAUGUAAAUAAGUCUAUUUUGGGGGUUUCGGCGUUAUUUUGUGGGAUAGGGUAUUGCAAAAGGGAGGGCAUUUGUCGAGAGAAAAAUCAUAGGAUGGGAAGAUUGUAUGGGGCAGUGUUGUAGGGGAAAGGGAGAUGGAAGCGGAAAGGAAGGGGGGACAGAACGCAUCAAUAUAUUGGCUUCAUUGUUCAUUUGGAGGAGGGUAGUCAUGUGUACUGAGAGCAUCUUUUUUUUUUCAUGAGAAUGAGAAUGAGAAUUUAUGGGUAGAUGGAUUUUAUGUAUGGUGUUUGGAUGGAUGCCUUUCCUGGGGUUGGGCUUGGGCUUGGACUUGAUGUUCUUAAAUGGGAUGGUAGACCGUGAAUCGAUGGAUUUCUUUCUGGGGGUUGCAAGUCAC